CACAGUCUGGUCGAUAGACACCUGAGAAUGCAUGAUAGUGUUCUGAAGUGUGGGUUACAACCGCUUUUCUCCCGAUGAUCAGUUUGCAGACGUGGCACCAUUGUCUUGGAGCAGUGGUAGGUCAGGGUUCACGGCGAGGCAUGACGGGCGAGCGAGCGAGACUGCGGAAGUGUGCGCGUGUCGUCGGCAGAAAUCGUUACCCACCCUGGAAACGCUCGGCGAAAGUCACAUGAGUAAAUCGAAAACAGGGCGUGGACCCAUUCGCUCACGUUUACAUCUGACGAAGGUGGCGCCCCAUUGCUCGCGACGACUGGUGCCAUGCCAAGCGCCCCGGAGGUUGUUGAGGAGCAGGACGCAGUGAGGUCUGGGGGCAAAUGACAGGGUGCAGGACCACCAAGAAGCACUGAGCAUCUGCCUUGGGUGGACGAAGGGAAACUUUGCAGCUGUCGACAUCUACAUGCGGGAGGGACGUGCGGGGCAAGCCGUCGAUGAAACAUGACGACGACAGGUACAACCGGCUAUCUACUCCAGGCCUCCACCCUUUGGCUCGUUUUUGCUGCAGUUGACAGCCAGUGUAACGGGAAAACACUGGAGAUGGCGGCCACCAUGGACUUCCAGGCACUGCAGUCGCCAAACCACCCGCGGAACUACCCAAACAACGCGCGCUGCUCCUGGCUUCUGGUUGCCCCUAGCGACGAGUAUAGGAUCAAGCUGCAUACCUAUGUUCUCGACUUGGAAUGGUUCCCCAGCUGCGCCUACGACAACAUCUCCAUCUACGACGGAUACAACGAGAGCAGUCAGCUUCUUGUGACCUUCUGUGCCAACUUCCACAUCAUCGCCAGCACCCAGCGCUACAUGUAUGUCGUGUUCGUGUCGGAUAAAUCCAGUUCGGGUGCUGGCUUCGACUUGAGAUAUAAUGCCCAGCUCAUCAAUCCACCAUCCACCCUAGUCUUGACUACAACCACCACCGAGGAUACAACAGCAGCAAACAAGGGCGACUCAGGCCGAGUAAACACCUGGAUCUUGAUAGGAAGCAUCGUCGGCGGCAUCUGCGUUAUCGUCAUCAUUGGCAUUGUGUGCGGUCGAUGCAUGUCCUCCCGGCGCACCAGGCACCACAGGCGCCCUCCUCCCUACCGAGCAGCAGCCUUCUAUCACAGCCAUUCACCCCUGGAGGCGCGUCCAUCUUCGGCAGAGGAUGGUCCUCCUGCCAUGCCCGCCUCUGUGCACAUGGUCCAGAACAACAAUGCUGUCUUCAUGGUGUCAGGAACGACCCCUGGUCAGACUCUAACCCCUUCACACUUUGCAUCGAUGACGAGUGGCGUAGCCAACCUGGCCUUCUCCGGAAGCACAGAAUAUAUGGCAAUGAACCCAACACAAGGAUACCUGGGCCCACCGAUUGGAGUUCCUCCCCCAUCUUACACAGAGACGAUGCUCAUGACCCAUCCUCCAGUUAUUCCCCCAUCUCCUAGUCGAUCUUACGCCGGAAUGCAUCCGAAUGUUUCUCCCACUCCUUCUCUCGGGUUGUCGGUCCCUGGAUCCUUGGGAGUCCCGUCUGGCAGACCUUUGAACUCCAGUUCAGCAUUUACUGUCUUGCCUAACAUGUCGACUCCGAACAUAAUUAUCCACACUAACGGGGCUCAGAUGCAUCCUCAUAUGGACGCAAACCUGAACGGUCACGUGGCAUGCCUUCAUUCAGGACAACUCUUGCCACCUCCUCUCAGCGAGGACUACACCACACACAACAGUAGCGGCACUUGUCUUCAUCCUCCCAUUCCUCAAAGCGUUGUAGCCGCCAACCCAUAUACUUUUCCUCCUUCCGAAAAUCCUCUGAUCACGCGCUACUUUCCCUCCGCUGCAUCGACGUCGAUGGGGUCCGUGCCCUAUAACUACGCCCCUCAAGGCGGAGCGAUUUCUGGUCUUUUCCCACCAGUUGUUUGUCAAGAGCUCCAGACCACACCAGCCGAAAACCAACUUUCCCAGCCCUUGGUGUCUUCUUCUGGCGACUUGGAGACUAAUCCGGAGUCCUACAGCACUGUGGAAGAGAUCCAUCAAAAUCUUGAUUCGACGAUGCAAGUAGCUAUGGAAACAGAAAGGCCCUUGACGACGAGUUGCGCUUUUUCUGUACAACAUAAUGAACAGUCCAGUGAGCAUCGGCCCUUUGCAGACCAAAGGGCCCGGAGGAAGCAUGUAACCUCAGUAACGUACAAACUGUCCUGGGCUCUAUCAGCAGUGAAAGUGCCCAGUGCUCUGCCCCUCCCAUCCUUCCGGUGGAUCCCAGUCUCUGUCUUCAGUCCCUCAGAGCACCAGAUGACAGAUUCCUUGGUCCACAGGUAGAGGGUCACGCACCGGUGUUCGUGGUUGAUGGUUA